CCACGUCAAACGGCGUGUGCACCAUUUUUUUUUUCCAUAUAAAUAUUUGAUGAUAGAUAGAUAUUAUAUCAUUUAUCAAACAGCUGCCAGCCCUAGUCUCAUAGAUUCAUUGAAGAAGAAUUCAUGGACUCCUCCUCUUCUGAUGAAUUCCCCACCGGUUCUUCAUCCCCAUCUAGAAAGGAAGUUCAGAUCCAAGGCCCUCGGCCACCGCCACUCAAAGUCCGUAAAGAUUCCUACAAGAUCAAGAAGCCACCUCUCGCACCGCAAUCUCAACCUCAACCUCAACCUCAACCUCAACCUCAACAGCAACCGCCUCGUCGGCCGGUGAUUAUCUACACCGUCUCUCCUAAGGUAAUCCACACCACCGCAAGUGACUUCAUGACACUAGUUCAACGUCUUACUGGCCCCAAUUCAACAUCUUCUUCUUCUUAUACUACUGUACAAUCAUCAUCAUCAUCGUCUGCAUCAUCUUCUUCUUAUGUUGAUAAUAAGGAUACUAUUCUUGCUUCUCCGGCGGCGAGAUUUGCGACGAUAGAAAAGGCGAAUACUGCCCCUUCUUUCCAAGGGGAGAAGUCAAGAAAGGGUAGUAGUGGUGUUGAUGUGGUGGAAGUGGAAGGAUUAGAAGAGGACAUGAAUGGAGUUGGUGCAAGUGGAACGGUAUUGGAGAGGAAGAGCUUUUUUCCAGGGAUACUAUCACCUGUUCCAUCAUCUCUUCCUCCUAUUUUUCCCAACUUCUUCUCACCUACAAUACCUCAUGACCCUAAUUCAUCACUUGCUUUCUUACAAGAUCUAAGUCCCAUGUUCCAUGGAAACAGAAAUUUUAUUGAGGGUACCAUGGUCCCAAGCCCUACUUCCUUCUUUUCUUCAGCUCCUUUAACUUCUCCUACUCCAUUUAUGGAUCUCUUUAACCAGUUCGACUUCUAAUUAUGUUUCCAUAGAGAUCAGAAGAGAGGAGGGGGAAGGGAGAUUAGAAGUGAUAGUGAUGUCUGUUUUUCUUUUUUUUUCUUUUUUUUACUGCGUACUCUCUCUCUCUCUCUCUCUCUCUCUCUCUCUCUCUCUCUCUCGAAUUGAUAAUAGUAUAAUACAAUGUUACAAUGUGUGGGGGGUGGUGGGGGAGAGGGAGAAUUGAAGGGAGAUUAUUAGUCAGUGGGGAGUUGGAAAGCAUUUAAUCGGCUUUAAAUUUAGUGGGCCAUUUGAUGGGUAUAUUGGGCUAUACAUCUCUCACAAAUCAAUCUUCUUCCCCCUUAUCCUUCUUUCUGAGAUAAAAUUUUUGUCUUCAUGAAG